CCUCAAACUCCGGCUCGAAUAUCCCCACUGCCUUGUGUGACCAGACGUGUCGCGGCGUGGAGCUGAUAUCGAUGAUGGAAUCCGGGUCUGCACAGUGAUCCAUCGGAUGCGGAUUUUGUUGUUGAUGAGCACCACAUGCUGGCACCUAUCGUCAUAUCGGCACUCUCGCUAUCGGCUUCCAGAUAUCAUACGAUACCGUAUUUUUUCACCCUUCCCGAGCUCCUUCUGCGCUUCUUACACUCACGUCACCGAUCCCACGGCUGCCACGUCGUCGAUACACACAAAUCAACCACCGCGACCGGUUCCUGGUUCCCUGGAUCCGUCAACCAGAGACGCAAAAAGGGGUCCAUCUGCGACCUGCGUGUACCCGGGUGGGAAACGGGGUGAAACAGGAUCGGCUGGCGGGGUUGAUACACGUCUCAUCUUGUAUUCACAUUCCGGGUAGUGAUUGAUGUGUUGAGCUUGUGGACUGUGAUGGACGGAAUAUUCACGGAUCAGAUGGCUGACCCAGCCUCCAUCAUCGCAAUUGAGUUCGCUACGGUCUGGCUGC